AUGGAAGUUUCUCCGAGGAGUGAUCCUCCAUUGCGGUCGUUCGACGCGAAAGCUCUGGUCUCCUUCUACUCCAACUACCUCUUCAACCGCCUGCUCUCAUUCUUUCCUAUCUCCGUAAGUUCCGUGGACGUUUUGCUCUCGAGGAUCCGCGGCGUCUAUGGCAGCCCAAAACGGCGUCGCCGGAAGACUUGCCUCCCUUUGCCUCUGCCGUCCGCUGCCACCACCGCGUCACUCGACCAGUCUGCUGCGAUUUCAUCCGAGACAUGUAAAAUCACUGAGGUGUUGGAGGAUAUUAUUGAGCACACACUUCGAAAUUUGCACAGCAUCCAAAAGAAUUUGGGGUUUUGGCAGUCCAGAGCUGAGGGUUCUAGAGGCCAGAAAGCAUACUUUAUGAUAUGCGAACGGGGCCCUGGAGCAUUUGUUAGUGGAACUUUCCAACUGAUACGUGAUUCUCUUGCUGAUGGUUCUAGCAUGGAAAAGCUCUAUAGUUCAGCAUCUUCCCAUAUAUCUGAGAGGAUCAGCGUAUUGAAUAGUCUACGAUAUUCAAUGGCUACCUUUUUGGCGAAGGUUUAUAUGGAGGUUGACAAAUUUGGGGAGGAUCUGGUUAAGGAUCCACGUAAUUCAUUGCCUUCGUUAUUGGUUGCUAUCAAUGACCUCUUUCUAAAAUUGGAGGCAUCGAUUGGCCAUUUUCAUGCAAAUCGUCAGACUGGCUCAUCGGUGGAUGGAAGCUAUUCCCUCCCUUUGAUGUUUGUAAAACUUCCUGAAGUGAACCAGGAAGGUUCUCAGUGGACGAAUUGUGAGGUCACAGAUGCUGUCAACUUAAUUUAUGAAAACCUACAGAGAUUGGAUUCCUAUUUGUCCAUGCUUGUUUUCAAACAUCGCAAGCCAAGGAAAUUAACUUUGCACUGGGUGCAAUAUAGUUGUGGGGCCUUUGGACUUACUGUUUGUUCAUUAUGGCUUCUUCGCCAUAGCAAGUUAAUGGGAAGCUCUGAUAUUGACAAUUGGAUUCACGAAGCAAAGGAGUCAACCAUAAGCUUUUGGAACGAUCAUGUUGAGCAGCCAGUUCUCGCAAUUAGGGAUGAGCUUUUUGAGACCUUCAGAAAAAGGCAAAAAGGAGUAAUGGAGCGUAAAGAAGUGCAAUUGACUGCUGACUCCCUGCAUAGAAUGCUGCUAGCUUUCAGUGAGCAGGCAGUAGGUAAAAAAUUUCCACAAAAUGCAUCCGACCAGGAAAUGCUGGAAAUUGUAAUGACCAGGUACGAGAAAGAACUUACGCAUCCAAUCCAGGGCCUUGUUGGUGGAGAACUUGCUCGUGCUCUUCUUAUUCAGGUUCAGAAGCUAAAACUGGAUAUUGAAGAAGCAAUGCUUGAGCUAGAUCAGAUCCUGAGGGCCAAUGAGAUCAACUUUGCCAUUUUAGCUGCUUUGCCCGCGUUCUUUCUUUCGCUCAUUCUGCUCAUGUUGGUGCGGGCAUGGUUUAAACAGGAUACCCGAGCUGAAGGCAGGGGAAGAAUUGCUCGUAUACAGAGAAGGCUACUGCUAGUGGAAAUUGAGAGAGCUAUAAUGCAGUUCCAGAUUUGCAAAGAUCAAGGAUUGGAAAACGAUGCACAGUGCAUGUACGGCCUGGCUCUGUGUUUCCUUGAUUCCCUAUACUGUGUGGUGGAGAGACAUGCCAAGACAACGGGUGAAUGGAUAUGUUUAAGACAGGACAUUGUUGAUUUGGCGAAGCCAGGAAUCGAAACUGGACAUAAGCUCGGUAUCACGUCACGCAUGGUUCGCGUGUAUGACUGUUUGCUCCCAUCCACAAAACGCCAAUAG